GUAUCUCACCGUGCUUUUCUUAAUGAGCAUUGGAAACUGCAUCUGUUGGCAGGAUGGUCCUCACACAGGGGCCGCUGGGCCAGGACCGUCCCUGAGGGGAGUGCAGCCAGCCACCCGCUCUGGAUCUCAGCACUUUCUGAGUUCACCUCUGCCCUCCUGUUGCCCUGCUCGUAGCCGGCUCUGCUGAGCGUCCACUUCCCUUCCUACACCAGGCCUGUGUCUUCUGUCUUGAUCAAGAAGGCCACCACAAUGGGAGAGGAGCUGAUGAACUCCACCGACAGUUACUACCCAACCGACGACUACCCUGAGCCGCUGGAGGACCCCGGAGCCUUGCUGUGCUCCCUGCAGGAGGUCCGGCAGUUCUCCAGGGUCUUCGUGCCAGUUGCUUACUCCUUGAUCUGCGUCUUUGGCCUGCUGGGCAAUACUCUGGUGGUGCUCACCUUUGCCUUUUAUAAGAAGGCCAAGUCCAUGACGGAUGUCUAUCUCCUGAACAUGGCCAUCGCAGACAUUCUCUUUGUCCUCACUCUUCCCUUCUGGGCCGUCACUCAUGCUACCGACACGUGGAUGUUCAGUAACGCCGUGUGCAAACUGAUGAAAGGCAUCUACGCGGUCAACUUUAACUGCGGGAUGCUGCUCCUGGCCUGCAUCAGCCUGGACCGGUACAUCGCCAUCGUCCAGGCAACCAAGUCCUUCCGGCUCCGCUCCAGGACGCUGGCGCACAGUAAGAUCAUCUGCUUGGCUGUGUGGGUGGUGUCACUCAUCAUCUCCAGCUCGACCUUCACCUUCAAUCAGAAAUACAGCAUGCAGGGCAGGGACGUCUGUGAGCCCAGGUACCAGUCGGUCUCGGAGCCGCUCACGUGGAAGCUGCUGGGGCUGGGGCUCCAGCUGCUGUUCGGCUUCUUCAUCCCCCUGGUGUUCAUGGUGCUCUGCUACCUGCUCAUCGCCAGGACCUUGGUGCAGGCUCAGAACUCGAAGCGGCACAGGGCCAUCCGCGUCAUCAUCGCCGUGGUCCUGGUCUUCCUGGCUUGCCAGGUCCCCCAUAACAUGGUGCUCCUUGUGACCGCUGCCCAGAUGGGCAGGGCGGGCCGGACUUGCCAUGGCCAGAAGGUCAUGGGCUAUGCCAACAACGUCACGGAGGUGCUGGCCUUCCUGCACUGCUGCCUCAACCCGGUGCUGUACGCGUUUGUGGGCCAGAAGUUCAGGAACUACUUCCUGAAGAUCAUGAAGGACAUGUGGUGUGUGAGGAGGCCGAAGGCUGCAGGCUCCUCCUGCGCCCGGAUGUACUCCGAGACCUUCGCUUCCCGGCAGACCAGCGAGACCGCGGACGACAACGGGUCCUCCUUCACCAUGUGACCCGUGGCGAACUCGCCGAGAGAUGCGAAGACAGAGAUCCUCGGCCCGGCCCAAAGCACGGCGGUGAGCGAACUAACCCGAAUCAGGCAGGGCCGGGCUCUGCGCUUCUGGCCCUGUCCAUGUGCCCCCAGCCCUUCCCUCUGCCUGGGGCGGGGGACUCUGCAGCAGCUUUCCCCAAGUGCUUGACAAGAAAGGCCGGCGGCUCCGGGUCUCACAGCGCUGGGGUUCCACCAAACAGGCCUUGGAAAUGUGGAAGUGACUUGUCUGCAAAUGUGAAGGUUUUCAGAGACUCUCCUGGAGCGGCCGUGGAUCCCAGUCCCUCCUGUGUGGCACAGAGGACCACGAGUUUGAAGAAGCGAGCAGAGCCCCUGCAACCCGUGUCAGGUGGACGCUGAACAUUUCCUUACCCAGAUGCUCUCUGUUGCUAAUUGUCAGUAGCAAACAUUCUCAUUUCCCUCUGAAUCACUCAGGAAAUGCCAGGGGUCAAAAGGUGGAAGAAAGACAGACCCAAGUGUUCAUAAACUGGAACAGCCACGGGGAAAGACGGAGGCUGAGUAGGUGCCAGUGUGACCGUCACUGGGUCACAGUGUCACAGGCAGGAGCACGUCAGCUCACUCUUGCUCCCCUAGAUGCUGUUCUCUAUGAUAAACUUUCCUUGUAAGGGCCCCAGGCCUUACCUUAGUUUGCAGCAUGCAGAAAAAAUAUUCAUUGGAUAAAUUGUAAUAAAAGUGGAUUUUAUUUUGGCAGCUUGAAGUGCUAGAUAUUUCUAAACUACUUUAUGAAUAGCACACUUUUUUUUUUUAAGCAGAAAGAAACUUUCUUCUGUUUCCCUAAUAGAAUUGAAGAAGGCGUGUGGUCAAGGACUGGGUGAUGAAGAGCUUUGAUUUACUUAGUGUAGAGUUAGAAGUGUGUUGGCCCCUGAGACUGACUUCUUUAAAGUAGCUUCACCCAGAUUCUGAGGUUAGCUUGGAAUCAGACUUUAACAACUCUCUUCCAUUGUGUGGAGAGCUCAUAGAACUACUUUUUAUAUUGCUAUGUAAACAUAAAUGGAAAAAUAUCAACCGAAUUCCAAAAAUACAAACACAUAUGAGAAAAGUGCUGACAUGAACUGCAAAAAUCCUGACAUGUUUACUUCUGACACACCCAGUGUCUGAGAUGGUAUGCGGUUCUUAUAAGCUUUAACUGCGUCUCUCUAUAAUGUAAAAUACUUGCUUUAAGAUUCAUCAAAGUCUGUAUUUCAGUUGUCUUUUUGGCUUUGCAAAAUAAAGCUGCUUUAGUGAAGUAGGA